GAAGAUAUCACUGACAUUCCAAAGCUGGAAGAUACACUUAAAUUGUUUAGGCCCAAGCGAUUAACAUUAAAGCCAUAUAAGGAGUACUGGUUUGUUUUUAGGGACACCACCAUUUCUUACUACAAAAGCAAAGAGUCGGCGAAUAAAGAACCCAUUGAGCAACUCCAUCUACGAGGAUGUGAGGUCAUUCCUGAUGUCAACGUCACUGAGAAGAAGUUUGGCCUCAAGCUGUUAUUGCCAGCGGCUGAUGGAAUGAACGAGGUUUAUAUUCGCUGCGACAAUGAAACGCAAUAUGCCAAGUGGAAAGCUGCCUGUAUUUUGGCUUCCAAAGGAAAGACGAUGGCCUACAGCUCGUACCGCACCGAGGUGAAGAACAUCCAGUCUUUCCUGCAGAUGAAGAGUCUAGCGCCUCCUCCUGGCCAGGCAGCGCCUGACGUAGAGUCCAUGGAGAUGAAUGCCGACAUAGUUACAUUUUUCAAAUUGUCCCACAGAUUCAGAGGAAGCAAGAAAGACGAGCUGCUGGGAAUAUCCUACAACAGGCUGAUCCGCAUCGACAUGUCUACGGGUUUGCCGGUGACCACCUGGAGGUUCUCCAACAUUAAACAAUGGAAUGUCAACUGGGAGAUUAAACAGGUGACCAUCGAGUUUGACCAGAGCGUGUCGAUUGCGUUCUCCUGCCAGAGCUGCGACUGCAAAGUGGUACAUGAAUAUAUCGGAGGCUACAUUUUCCUUUCGACGCGCUCAAAAGACCAAAAUGAGACUUUAGAUGAAGAACUCUUCCACAAGCUCACGGGAGGACAAGACUGACCUCAAAUCAACAUCCACCUUUA